GCGCCGGCCCCUUGCUCUCGCCUUUUUUUUUUUUUUUUUUUUUUUUUUAAUCCCCGCACCGAGCGCUCACCUCAGUGGGGCGGAGGAGCGGGCGGCGGCUGCGUGACCCGCGGCGACGGCCGAGGCGGAUCGCGGGGCUAAUGGACUGCUGAAUUAUGAAGUAUUUCAAACCCAGUAGUAGAAGACCGUCACUCUGCCACUCACUCCUGUAUCUCCUGCUAGUUAUUUAAAUUGGACUUUUAAUAUCCUGCCAGCUGCUUUUCAGACACACAUGGUGCAUUGUUGCCAUUCCCGGGAUUGCAUCUUUGAAACACAGGCUCCUUGGAACCCUCAGCGAACAAAGAGGCGGCCUCCCGGAUCCGGUCCUGGGAGGGAGGCGUCCUGACUGCCCUCUAGCCUUUGCUGGAUCUGGAUUUGAGUUUCACCAUGGAGCCUCGCAUGGAGUCCUGCCUGGCUCAGGUGCUGCAGAAGGAUGUGGGCAAACGGCUGCAGGUCGGCCAAGAACUUAUAGACUACUUCUCAGACAAGCAGAAGUCUGCUGACCUUGAGCAUGACCAGACCAUGUUAGAUAAGCUUGUGGAUGGACUUGCUACCUCUUGGGUGAACUCUAGCAAUUACAAGGUGGUUCUUCUGGGCAUGGACAUCCUGUCUGCCUUGGUGACCCGGCUGCAGGAUCGGUUCAAGGCGCAGAUCGGCACAGUGCUGCCAAGUCUGAUAGACAGACUGGGGGACGCUAAAGACUCUGUGAGGGAGCAGGACCAGACUCUGCUGCUAAAGAUCAUGGAUCAAGCUGCUAACCCCCAGUACGUCUGGGACAGGAUGCUCGGAGGCUUCAAACACAAGAACUUCCGCACGCGGGAAGGCAUCUGUCUGUGCCUCGUAGCCACCCUUACUGCCUCUGGAGCGCAGACUCUAACACUAAGCAAGAUCGUGCCGCACAUAUGUAACUUACUCGGAGACCCAAACAGCCAGGUUCGAGAUGCAGCCAUAAACAGCUUAGUGGAAAUUUACAGACAUGUAGGAGAACGUGUGAGGGCAGAUCUCAGUAAAAAAGGAUUGCCACAGUCCCGGUUGAAUGUAAUUUUUACAAAGUUUGAUGAGGUUCAAAAAUCUGGAAACAUGAUACAAUCUGCAAAUGAUAAGAACUUUGACGAUGAAGACUCUGUAGAUGGUAACAGGCCUUCCUCUGCCAGCUCCACAUCAUCCAAGGCGCCGCCAGGCUCUCGGAGAAAUGUCAGCACGGCUCCCACGCGCAGACUGGGCUCCAAGUCGUCAGCUGCAAAAGAAGGUGCUGGUGCUGUUGACGAAGAAGACUUUAUUAAAGCAUUUGAUGAUGUGCCUGUUGUGCAGAUUUACUCCAGCCGAGACCUUGAGGAAUCCAUAAACAAAAUUAGGGAAAUCUUAUCUGAUGACAAGCAUGACUGGGAGCAGCGGGUGAAUGCUUUAAAAAAGAUCAGAUCUUUACUUUUGGCUGGUGCUGCUGAGUAUGAUAACUUCUUUCAACAUUUGCGUCUUUUGGAUGGAGCGUUUAAGCUCUCUGCUAAGGACCUGCGGUCUCAGGUAGUGCGGGAGGCUUGUAUCACGCUGGGGCAUCUGUCAUCAGUUCUGGGGAACAAGUUUGAUCAUGGAGCUGAAGCCAUUAUGCCAACCAUCUUUAAUUUAAUUCCAAACAGUGCCAAAAUUAUGGCCACGUCUGGUGUUGUAGCUGUUAGGUUAAUCAUCCGGCAUACACAUAUCCCUAGGCUAAUACCUGUCAUAACAAGCAACUGUACCUCUAAGUCGGUUGCAGUCAGAAGGCGCUGUUUUGAAUUUUUAGACUUGCUUUUACAAGAGUGGCAGACACAUUCACUGGAACGACAUAUAUCAGUGUUAGCAGAAACAAUCAAGAAGGGAAUCCAUGAUGCUGAUUCUGAAGCCAGGAUAGAAGCCAGAAAAUGCUACUGGGGCUUCCACAGUCACUUCAGCAGAGAAGCCGAGCACUUGUACCACAGCCUGGAGUCCUCCUACCAGAAAGCUCUGCAGUCUCAUCUGAAGAAUUCCGACAGCAUCGUGUCACUGCCUCAUUCUGACCGGUCCUCGUCCAGUUCCCAAGAGAGCCUCAACCGGCCACUGUCUGCCAAAAGAAGUCCAACAGGAAGCACCACAUCGAGAGCUUCCACAGUUAGCACCAAGUCUGUGUCGACCACGGGUUCCCUGCAGCGGUCACGAAGUGACAUCGAUGUGAAUGCUGCAGCCAGUGCCAAAUCCAAGGUUUCCUCGUCUUCAGGUGCCACUCCAUUCAGCUCAGCAGCGGCUUUGCCUCCAGGCUCCUAUGCCUCACUAGAUGGUACUGCCACUAAAGCGGAGGGUCGGAUCCGCACGAGACGGCAGAGCUCUGGCAGUGCCUCCAACGUCGCCUCCACGCCCUCUGACAGUCGGGGCCGCAGCCGCGCCAAAGUGGUUUCCCAGUCCCAGCGAUCCAGAUCUGCUAAUCCUGCUGGUGCUGGCAGCCGAUCGAGUUCCCCAGGCAAAUUGUUGGGAAGCAGUUAUGGUGGACUUGCUGGGGGUUCCUCGAGAGGCCCACCUGUGACAUCAUCUUCAGAGAAACGCAGCAAGAUUCCCAGGAGUCAGGGAUGCAGCCGGGAAACAAGUCCAAACCGCAUCGGAUUAGCACGGAGCAGCCGUAUCCCUCGACCCAGCAUGAGUCAGGGGUGCAGCCGCGAUACCAGCCGUGAGAGCAGCCGCGAUACAAGCCCUGCUCGGGGCUUUCCUCCACUCGCCUCUCGACGUCAUUCCAGGUCCACUAGUGCUCUCUCCACUGCUGAAUCUGUUGGCCAGUCAGACCGGUAUGGACUUGGCCAGACGGGAAGAAUGCCGGGCUCUGUGAGCGCCAUGCGCGUCCUGAGCACCAGCACAGACCUGGAAGCUGCGGUUGCCGACGCUCUGCUGUUAGGAGACUCCAGGAGCAAGAAGAAGCCGGUGAGGAGGAGAUACGAGCCGUACGGGAUGUAUUCUGACGACGAUGCCAACAGUGACGCUUCAAGUGUUUGCUCUGAGCGCUCCUACGGCUCCAGGAAUGGCGGCAUCCCCCAUUAUCUGCGACAGACCGAGGAUGUGGCAGAGGUUCUCAAUCACUGUGCUAGCUCAAACUGGUCUGAGAGGAAAGAGGGACUUCUGGGCCUGCAGAACCUCCUGAAGAGCCAGAGGACGCUGAGUCGAGUAGAGUUGAAAAGACUGUGUGAAAUCUUCACCCGGAUGUUUGCUGACCCUCACAGCAAGAGAGUUUUCAGUAUGUUUUUGGAGACUUUAGUGGAUUUUAUAAUAAUUCAUAAGGAUGACUUGCAAGACUGGCUUUUUGUUCUUCUCACACAACUACUUAAGAAGAUGGGAGCAGAUUUGCUGGGAUCCGUGCAAGCCAAAGUGCAGAAGGCUCUAGACGUGACGAGGGAUUCCUUUCCAUUUGAUCAACAAUUUAACAUUUUGAUGCGAUUUAUUGUGGAUCAAACUCAAACUCCAAACCUCAAGGUCAAAGUUGCAAUCCUGAAAUACAUUGAGUCUCUGGCCAGACAGAUGGAUCCAACAGAUUUCAUCAACUCCAGCGAGACAAGGCUGGCUGUUUCUAGAAUCAUCACCUGGACAACAGAACCAAAGAGUUCAGACGUGAGAAAGGCCGCACAAAUUGUGCUCAUCUCUCUGUUUGAAUUGAACACUCCUGAAUUUACUAUGUUACUUGGUGCCUUGCCAAAAACAUUCCAGGAUGGUGCCACCAAACUCCUGCAUAACCACCUCAAGAAUUCCAGCAACACUAGUGUGGGCUCUCCAAGCAAUACAAUGGGCCGCACGCCCUCCCGGCACCCCAGCAGCAGGACCAGCCCCCUGACCUCACCCACAAACUGCUCCCACGGAGGACUGUCUCCAAGUCGGUUAUGGGGUUGGAGUGCCGAUGGGCUCUCGAAGCACCCACCUCCCUUUUCUCAGCCUAACUCCAUUCCCACCGCUCCCUCCCACAAGACUCUCAGGCGCCCUUACUCUCCCAGCAUGCUGGACUAUGACACAGAGAACCUGAACUCUGAAGAAAUCUAUAGUUCCCUGCGUGGAGUCACGGAAGCCAUCGAAAAGUUUAGUUUCCGAAGCCAAGAGGAUCUGAAUGAGCCAAUUAAACGAGACGGCAGAAAGGACUGUGACAGUGUGUCCCGCGAUGGCGGAGCUGCGUCUCCUGCCACUGAAGGCCGGGGAGGCGGAGAAGUAGAAGGAGGCAGGACAGCGCUGGAUAACAAGACCUCGCUCCUCAACACCCAGCCUCCGCGCGCCUUUCCCGGGCCACGUGCACGAGACUACAAUCCUUUUCCCUAUUCUGACACCAUCAACACCUAUGACAAGACAGCGCUAAAGGAGGCUGUGUUUGACGAUGACAUGGAGCAGCUUCGAGAUGUGCCCAUUGACCAUUCCGACCUGGUGGCCGACCUUCUGAAAGAGCUGUCGAACCACAAUGAGCGUGUGGAAGAGCGCAAGGGUGCCCUGCUGGAGCUGCUCAAGAUCACACGGGAGGACAGCUUAGGCGUGUGGGAGGAGCACUUUAAGACCAUCCUGCUGCUGCUGCUGGAGACGCUGGGUGACAAAGACCAUUCCAUCCGCGCACUAGCGCUCAGAGUUCUGCGGGAAAUCCUGAGAAACCAGCCAGCAAGAUUCAAAAACUACGCCGAGCUAACAAUCAUGAAGACUCUGGAAGCCCACAAAGACUCCCAUAAAGAGGUUGUGAGAGCCGCUGAGGAGGCCGCGUCCACAUUGGCCAGUUCCAUCCACCCCGAGCAGUGCAUCAAGGUGCUCUGUCCCAUCAUCCAGACGGCUGACUACCCCAUCAACCUCGCCGCCAUCAAGAUGCAGACCAAAGUGGUGGAGAGGAUCGCCAAGGAGUCCCUGCUGCAGCUACUGGCGGACAUCAUCCCGGGCCUGCUGCAGGGUUAUGACAACACGGAGAGCAGCGUGCGCAAGGCCAGUGUGUUUUGCUUAGUGGCAAUUUAUUCCGUAAUCGGAGAAGACCUGAAGCCUCACCUGGCACAGCUCACGGGGAGCAAGAUGAAGCUGCUCAACUUGUACAUAAAGCGAGCCCAGACCACCAACAGCAACAGCAGCUCCUCCUCAGAUGUGUCCACACACAGCUAAUGGCGGUACCCACACACAGCUGAU